CGGGCUUUGCUCGGGAUGUGGGGAAGAAGAAGAUUGUCAAAUGCGGCGCGUUUCGCUAAUUGUUCAGUUACGGCUUCCAGGCCUCGGCCGAGGCGCUAUCUUGUCAAUUUGGAACAAGGACCUGUUACGCCUUGCUCUAAUCCCAAGUUGGCUUUCUCAACAAAGAUGCAUGCGAGGCAAAGGGGCAAUGUUCAGCUGUUACGCGCCUCUGUUCAGGAUGAAACAAACGCCGUGUUUGACGCCGGGUGAGCGACCUGUCGACUUGUGACGUCGGUGGAGCGCGGGCUCCUCCAACAUCGACUGUGUAUUUCUCGACGCGAUUUUCCGACCGGCCAUUUCGAGAUGCGCUUUCCGAGUACUCACUUACACGUCCAUUGAUUCCCUCCCUCUAUUCUUACCAUGGCCGGCCUCGCCGCUUCACGACACGCUCCGUUCCCGCGGCACCCGCGACGCAAUGGCGGCUACGCAGACGCGAACCUAACGGUACCACCCGCCCCAACAGGAAACGCCAACAUCCCCGUCCCCCGCUCCCCAUCACCACCACAACAACCAUCAACACAAACAACAACAACAACACCACCACCACCACCGCACCACCCCCCAACAACCACCGACGCAAAACGAGACGCCGCACGCCACGAGCUCGGCCGCUACAGCAAGAUCGUCCGGCGGCUGCAGUGGAAGCUGCCCUUCCUCGCGCAGGGCUACCGGCAGGCGGUCGACCGGGUCGGCGCCGACCCCGACGCCGUGUGCGAGGCGGAGCUCAUGUUCAAGCUCGACUUCUUCGAGUACUACAUGCUGGUCGAGCGCGCGCUGGUGCACCUGCUGGGCGUGUUCGGCGUGGACGUGCCGCGGCACGCGCACGGGCUCGGGCGUGGGCGUGGUGGUGGUGGUGGUGGUGGUUCUUGGGGCGUUGGGGGGGAGGGGGGUGGUGGUGGUGAUAAUAAGAAUAAUAACAAUAAUGGGAAAGGACUUGGGGCGAGUGUGUGGCACGGCGAGGGCAGGCACCGCUAUCAUGCCAAUGUGCUGGCCGCGCUGGACCGGGAGGAGAACCCGCUGCACGGCGCGUUGGGGACGGGGGAGGUGAGGGCGCAGCUGGGACGGGCGAAGGAUUUGCGGAACCGGUGGAAGACGGCGGCGGAUGAGCCCGAGCAUGAUCACGGCCGCGGGAGCAGGUCCCCCGCAAAGGGUGGUGCGAGCCCGGGGAGGGAGUGGCGGUCUAGGAAGGUCGCUGCGCCGCUGGACUCGUACCGGCUCGAGCACAUGCUGGAGGUCAUCUUCCAAGGGUUUGACGAGGGGUUUAGGAUCGCCGAGGAGUAUGCGAAGGGCGAGCGGGAUACGGAUAUGCUCGAGAGCGAUGGGAGAGCCAUAGAUUGGACUACCAUCGGGGAUGAGGAGGAGCAGUGGGAGUUCAUGGUGGAGGCUAUGGACUGGGAGGCGGUUUGAACCGCCCGCCUCCCUUUGGUGACCGAGGGGGCAUGUGGCUACGGCUUGGUAUGUAGAUUGCGUCGUCUAAUCGAGCAUUUUUGCCCACGGCGGCGUAUACUACGCCGCACAAGGAAACUUUACCCAUUUCUUCAC